AAAUUUUGUCUAGGCCAAAACUUCGCCGUUCCUCUUGCUCUAGCUGAACGUUCUUCGUCUCAUUAUUCCAACACAAUCCCAGCAUAUAUAUUCGCAGGAGACAGCUGCUGCCCCCAUCCAUCCUAUUAUUUUAUUGCCAUAUAACAAUGACAGAAACCACAUUGCUCAAGAAGAAACUGGAAGGCAAACUGGCCAUAGUCACAGGCGGUGCUAGUGGCAUCGGGGAGGCGACUGCACAUCUUUUUGCCAAGCAUGGCGUGCGUAUGGUGGUCAUUGCUGAUAUCCAAGAAGAACUAGGCCAUCAGGUUGCCAAAUCAAUUGGUUUGAACCAUUCUAUAUUCAUACGUUGUGAUGUUACUGAUGAAGAACAGGUCAAAGCCAUGGUAGAAUGGACGGUCAAGAAUUAUGGGCAACUUGACAUCAUGUUUAGUAAUGCAGGGAUUCUUAAUAUGUCGGAUCAGACCGUACUUAACCUAGACUUCUUGGCCUUUGACCACCUAUUUGCGAUCAAUGUACGUGCCAUGGCUAUAUGUGUAAAGCAUGCAGCACGCGCUAUGGUUGAAGGGCAUGUGAGGGGGAGCAUUGUGUGCACUGCCAGUGCAGCAGCAACUAUGGGUUCAACCCAUAGCACUGAUUACUUUAUGUCAAAGCACGCGGUGCUUGGACUUGUUCGAUCAGCGAGCAGGCAGCUAGGGGAGCAUGGGAUUAGAGUGAACUGCGUAUCGCCGUCUGUAGUUGCGACUCCUUUGGCAUGCAGUAAAACCGGAAUGGACGCAGAGCAGUUGGAGAAGGCAGUUGAGCCGCAUGCGAGCUUAAAAGGAGUUGUGCUAAAAGUGGGGCAUGUGGCGGAUGCCGUGCUUUUCCUUGCAUCCGAUGAUUCUGGAUUUGUCAAUGGGCAUAACCUAGUGGUUGAUGGCGGCUGGGUUGACUAGGGAAUCAUGUUGAGGAUUAAUAAUUAGUCAAC